CGGAAGCGGCGGCAGCCGUGGCCGUGUCCUUCUGUGCCGUGACGCCGGGGCGGCACCAUGGCGGACGCGGCUUCGCAGGUGCUGCUGGGCUCGGGGCUCACCGUGCUCUCGCAGCCGCUCAUGUACGUGAAGGUGCUGGUGCAGGUGGGCUACGAGCCGCUGCCGCCCACCCUGGGGAGGAACAUCUUCGGCCGCCAGGUAUAUCAGCUGCCCGGCCUCUUCUCUUACGCCAAGCACAUCGUAAAGGUGGACGGGAGAGCAGGACUCUUUAAAGGCCUCACCCCCCGCCUCUGCUCCAGCGCCAUCGGCACCGUGGUGCACAGCAAAGUGCUGCAGCGGUACCAGAAGGCUGAGCAGGCUGAGCCUGGAGCCAGGAGGGAGUCCUCGCUGGAGCAGGUGCUCAAGGAGACCUCCCAGGAGAUGGUUGCCCGCUCUGCUGCCACCCUCAUCACCCACCCCUUCCACGUGAUCACCCUGCGCUGCAUGGUGCAGUUCAUCGGCCGCGAGACCAAGUACAGUGGGACACUAAGCGCCUUUGCCACAAUCUACCGGGAAGAGGGAAUCCUGGGAUUCUUCGCCGGCCUCAUCCCGCGGCUCCUCGGGGACAUCCUCUCCCUGUGGCUGUGCAACAUGCUGGCCUACCUCAUCAACACUUACGCGCUGGAGAACGGGGUCUCUGCCAUGACUGAGAUGAAGAGCUACUCCCAGGCGGUCACUGGGUUCUUUGCCAGCAUGCUGACCUACCCUUUCGUCCUGGUCUCCAACCUGAUGGCCGUGAACAACUGUGGGUUGGCCGGGGGUCUCCUUCCCUAUGCACCCACCUACUCCUCCUGGCUGGAUUGCUGGAGCCAGCUGCAAAGGGAGGGCAACAUGAGCCGAGGGAACAGCCUGUUCUUGCGCAAGGUUCCAGCAGGGAAACGAUAUGUGUGGGAGGAGCAGAGGUUCCGCUGAUUCCAGAGACGGGGAGUGGGAUUGUGGAGCCAGUGGUGGGCUCUGGAAGCAAAGAAUCAUGGAGAGUGAUGAUUUCUAUACAGUUUUUUAAAAAUCAUUUCCCGCUGAGAGCUGAAGA